AUGGGAUUCCAAGCAAGUUCGGCGGAUCCGUGCUUAUUCGUGGCAACCAGGGAUGGCCUCAUAGUAUACCUGAUCGUUUAUGUCGAUGAUUUCCUCAUCGGAUCAGAGAGCGAGGCGGAGAUUAUCCGCGUUCAGAAGCAGCUGAGUCGGCAUUUUGAGAUUGUCGAUCUUGACGAUGUGAAGCAUUUCCUAGGUCUGGAAGUACAGAUGGAGGAUGACACGUUCUGUGUCAGUCUGGCCAACUACAUCGAUAAGCUGGUUGCACGAGUAGGCCUAAGCGAAGCGAAGGAGGCAAAAACGCCCAUGGAUCAGGGCUAUCUGAGGAACGAGGUUGAGAGCAAACCGUUCGAAGAUGGUACGAAGUAUCGAAGCGUGGUUGGUGCUCUUCUCUAUGUAGCGGUGUGUGCGCGGCCGGAUAUAGCUACCAGUGUGGGAAUCCUUGGACGGAAGUUUAGUGCCCCCAUGGAAGCGGACUGGACAGCUGCAAAGCGUGUGGUACCAAAGAAUGGAAGUUGA